AUCUAUAAAUAUAGAUAAAUAAUGUCCUUAUCGUAUCAAACCCUCGGGAGCACCAUCAAUAGUAGCACAGAAAGUGGACAUGGAUUACAUGUGAAAGUAUUAUAUUUCCUUCAGUUUUAUGAACACAGUUACUUUGCCAGAUGAAUAGGGAAUUGUGAAACAUGUUUCUGUAUGCUCUUAUCGGAUUGUUAUCAAUUUACUGUCUUAUUCUGAUCAUAAGGUAUUUAACCAAACCAAGGACCAAUGCACCAGGUCCAAAGGGAUGGCCAUUAUUUGGAAAUGCCUUAGAGUUCGACAUAAAACAUUCGUCCGUGCAGAUGGCAAAAUGGGCGAAGAAAUAUGGGGAUGUCUUUAAAAUAAACCUACUUGGAGAAGAUAUCGUCGUCAUCAAUGGGGAGUUAUGCUAUGAAGCUCUUGUUAAACGUGGCGAUGAUUUUGCAGGACGACCAAUUCGUAAUCGCAGUGAUUGGGUAACAGAAAUGCGUGAAGAUAUAGUAUUUGCUGAUAUGAGCCCAGAGCAAAAAAAAAGAAGGAAGAUUGCUCACAGUGGCUUAAAGCAGUACGGAACUGGAAUGGCUCAUAUCGAACAAGUAAACGCCAAAGAGAUCAAAGCUUUCUUGAAAAUAGUGGCGGACAAGAAGUGCUCUCCGUUCGAUCCCCGUGCUGACAUUUACAAGUGCGUCAUUAAGAUUAUUACUUUAAUGCUUUUUGGAGAGGCUAUGACAAACGAGGAUGACAUCAAGACUAUUGCAGAGUUGGACGAAGCUAUUGAAACAGCCAUUGGGGCAGCUAAUGGAUUUGAGCUUGAUAAUUUUCCUUGGCUCCGGUUCUUUGGGAACAGAACCUACAAAACAAUAGAGUAUUUCGUAACUACCCGAAAUGAGCUAUUUGAUAAGUGGCUUCCUGACUCAAAGGAUACGACGGAGAAAGGCAAGAUUCGGGGCAUGAUCGACUGGUUACUAGAAUAGUAUCGCAGGAAAGCGACCCAACCGUCACUGAUACCAAUGUUCGAAUGAUAAUAAUGAAUCUUCUACACGCAGGCAUCACAACAACAGAGAGCACCAUUGAAUCAGGGAUUCUCAUAUUGAUGAACUUUCCGGAUAUCCAAAAGAAAAUCCAAAAGUCUAUUGACGUAGGGGUUGGACGAGACAGGUUUCCCACAUUAGAUGAUAGAAGCAACCUCCCUUACGUUGAUGCAUUCAUACUCGAGAUCAAUCGCUACAUAUCAAUCGCCCCGUUUACUUUACGAAAAUCUACAAAGGAUUCUAAACUAGGAGAUUAUUU